AUGCAUUAUGUGGCAGCUUACCUUUUGGCACUUAUGGUGGAAAAAUUAAUGCAUUUGCUUCAGAUUUGGAUAUUGAGCUCUGUUGGUAUUGAAUGCGACCAAAGUAAGAUCAAAAAAAUUAUUGUAGAGCAGAAUGGAAAGGACCUUGUUGAAGUAAUUGCCCAUGGGCUGUGUAAACUAACGAGUGUACCUUCCGGUGGUACUGUUGCUGCAGCUCUAGCUGCUGAAGAAAAGAAAGAAGGAAAGAAGAUGGAAGAAUCUGCAUAA